GUACUGUGUCAAGUGGAAAAUCAGCUCUUGUACAUCGAUUUCUUACCGGAACAUAUAUGCAAGAAGAAUCACCAGAAGGGGGAAGAUUUAAAAAAGAAAUUGUUAUUGAUAAUCAAAGUUUUUUGUUUUUAAUUCGAGAUGAAGGCUCUGCACCAGAUACACAGUUUACUCAUUGGGUUGAUGCGGUUAUAUUUGUAUUUAGUUUAGAAAAUGAAGACAGUUUCAAGACUGUUUAUCAAUAUUAUACAAAAAUGAAUCAUUACCGAAAUACAUCGGAUAUGCCAUUUGUUUUAGUUGGUACACAAGAUGCCAUUAGUGAAAGUAACCCAAGAUGUAUACAUGAAGAACGAGCGCGAAAAUUAUCAAAUGAAUUAAAACGAUGUUCAUACUAUGAAACAUGUGCCACAUACGGACUGAACGUUGAGAGAGUUUUUAAUGAUGCUUGUCAAAAAGUAAUUCAACAACGUUAUAGUUCACUUAUACCUCCAUCAAUUGCUUCCCAUCGUUCAUUAACUCCGCAAGCGUCAUUUUUAAAUUCGUCAAGCGGAACAACGAAUACUAAUACCACAACAUCGUCGGCAAGUCUAUCAAAUUCCUGCCCUACUCAUCAUUUUCAACAGCAAUCUCAAUCACAAUCUCAACGUUUAACAACCAAUAAUCAAAGUGUGCCAACAUCUUACAUUGUCGGCAAUAGUCUUGCACAAACAGCACCGGCAUCCGUAUUCUCAUCUUAUCAUUACCAACAACAUCAAGGACAAGGACAAGAAAUUCCAGCGGGAAUCGGAGGACAACCAAUUAUGGCUGUGGCACAAUUGGCGCAAUGUAUUAAUAAUGCAAUGGGGCCAUCAAAUGGCGUUAAAGAUCGUUCAACAAUAUUACCGUCUUCCGCACUUCAACUUGAUAAACGAAGUCGAUCAUUUAAAGAGCCAGCAAAACUAAGUACAUUAAGUGAACAACAAUCGCUACAAUCUCAACAUCAGCAACAAACAGGACUGCUCAAUGAACCAUUAACACCAAGUUCAACACCUACACAAAAACGAAAAGAAACAAAACGGAAAUCGAACUUAUUCACUCCUGGAAAAAAAGAUGAUGAUAAAAAUAAAGCUGAUCGAGUAGGACAUGGACGAGCAAUACCUAUUAAACAGGGUUUGUUAUAUAAAAAGGGCACAAACAGUAUAAAUCGUGAAUGGAAAAAAAAAUAUGUUGUAUUAUUAGACGAUGGCAGACUCAUUUAUCAUCCAUCAAUUAAUGAUUAUGAACAUGAUGUACAUGGUAAAGAGAUUAUUUUACAACGAACAACAAUAAAAAUUCCAGGCACAAAUAAACCUCGUGUUGCUUUGAGAAGUACAAGUAAUGAUACAAAAUUAAAUGAUUUAUCCGAUGCUGUAGUUAUAUCGAAUUCGAACGUUACUCCUGGUUUAAAUGGUGUUGACAAUCUUGUUUCUUCUCCAAUAGGUGCCAAAGUUGAAACACCGAAUGCUAAAAAACGUCAUCGACGAAUGUUAAAAAGUACUCAUAGUAAUUCAAAACAACAACAAGGUCAAGAAUCAUCGGCAUCAAGUAUUAUGAGUAGUUUAACAAAUACACCAAGUGGGAACGGUAUGCAUUCAAAAACACCAUUAGAAGAUGAUGGUGAAGAAAAUGAAUUUAUUCUAAUAAGUAUCGAUAAACAAUGGCAUUUUGAAGCAAGUACACAAGAAGAACGAGAUGAAUGGGUACAAUCGAUUGAACAACAAAUUUUAUUUUCAUUACAAAAUAUUGAGAGUUCAAAAGCUCAACGAGCAGCUAAAAGUGGUGGUGGUCAAUCACAAUUGGCUGAUCAAGCAAUGAUACAAGUGAUUAAACAAAUGCCAGGAAAUUCAACUUGUGCCGAUUGUGAUCAAACAAAUCCAAAUUGGGCUAGUUUAAAUUUAGGUGCAUUAAUUUGUAUGGAUUGUGCAUCAUUACAUCGUAAUUUGGGUACACAUUUAUCGCGUGUAAGAUCGUUGGAAUUAGACGAAUGGCCACCUGAAUUGAUGCAUGUAAUGCGUUCUAUUGGUAAUAAAAUGGUUAAUUCAGUUUGGGAAGCAAAUACUAGGCAACGACAAAAACCGUUACCAAAUGCAUCAUUAUCGGAACGAGAACGAUGGAUUCGUGAUAAAUAUGAACAAAAAUUAUUUUUACCUCUUUUAUCCCCAUCCAAUCCACCCACUUCCCUUUUUCGUCAAUUGAUUGACGCUAUUAAUAGAAUGGAUCUAUUUACAAUUAUUCUGAUAUUAGCUCAUCAUCAAAAAGUAGAGGAUUUAAAUAACCUCGAUAAACGUGUACCAAUAACAACACCAAUGCACCUAGCUGCCACUAAUGGCAAUGUCACUAUUUUACAAUUACUUUUAUGGUACGGAGCCGAUCCAUUUCCACUGGAUAGUUCUGGUCGUACUCCUCUUCAAUGUGCUUACAUGUCAAAUAAUGUCGAAUGUGUGAAUGUUUUACAACAAUUGACGAAUAAUAACAGUAAUACUAGCAGUAAUAUAAACAGCAACAAUAAUAAUAAUAAUAAUAAUAAUAAUUCGUUUUUAUCUGAUCAAACGGCUAUUUCUCAUCAUAAUAAUACUCUUCCUAGACGACCUGUUCAACAACAACAAUCAGCGCAUUGCGGUGGACAAUCAUCAUCGACAGUGGUUGGUCCACCAUACGAUAAAUUACCAUCGACUGUUAUUUAA